AACACCAAGGUACCCUGGGACAGGCUCCGAUCUUUCGUCAUUUCCUGGACAGAUAGCGGCUGGGCGGUUACGCUGUGGCGUUCGUGUAACUGCAAUCAUGAGUGAUAGCGGCGAGCAGAAUUACGGCGAUCGGGAGUCUCGUUCAGCUUCAAGAAGUGGAAGUGCACAUCGCUCUGUUAAGUCGGCGAGCCAGUCUCCCAAUCAUUCUGCUGCACGUUCAAGAUCCAAAGAGGGGUCCAGACGAUCAAGAUCCAAAUCCAGGUCAAGGUCGCAAUCAAGGUCCAGGUCAAGAAGAAGCUCUCGUCGGCACUACACCAGGUCACGAACCCGUUCUAGAUCUCACAGGCGAUCACGAAGCAGGUCUUACAGUAGAGAUUACAAGAGGAGGCGCAGCCACAGUCAUUCUCCUAUGUCAAAUCGUAGACGUCAUGUAGGCAGCAGGGUAAGCAAGGCAAAUCCAGACCCCAACUGUUGCCUUGGUGUAUUUGGACUGAGUCUUUACACCACAGAAAGAGAUCUAAGAGAAGUUUUUUCAAAGUACGGUCCUAUUGCUGAUGUUUCUAUUGUUUAUGACCAACAAUCUCGGCGUUCAAGAGGGUUCUCGUUUGUUUAUUUUGAGAAUGUUGAUGAUGCCAAGGAGGCUAAAGAGCGUGCAAACGGAAUGGAACUUGAUGGAAGACGCAUACGUGUUGACUUCUCAAUAACUAAACGACCUCAUACUCCCACACCAGGAAUAUACAUGGGACGACCAACCUAUGGUAGCUCACGUCGCAGGGACUACUAUGAUCGAGGAUACGAAAGGGGUGGGUAUGAUGACCGUGAAUACUACAGCAGAUCUUCCUACCGCGGUGGUGGUGGUGGUGGAGGAGCAUGGCGUGGAGGACAGGAUCGGGACCAGUAUGCUAGGAGAAGAUCUCCCUCUCCAUACUAUAGCAGAGGAGGAUACAGGUCUCGCUCCAGGUCUCGUUCAUAUUCUCCUCGUCGCUAUUGAAACAAGAUCCUUCAAAUGCACUGAAAGGAUGAAGAUCAUAACUAAAGAUUUGUCAUGAAUUUAAGUGAUAUAGUAGAAAAUACCAUUUUCAGGCAAAUCUUUGAUAGGUUGUAUAAAGCUGUCUUCUUUGGCUUCUGUACAGGCAUUUUGUGAUCCCUUGUUUGCAGGUACACUGCAUGUGUUUUAUAACUUGUGACUGCUAAAACGUUUAUAUAACUAAGCUUUGAUGUUUAUUUGAUGUUAUUUCUCCCUCUAUUCAGAUUCUGCAAGUUACAAUAAAUCAAACUUGGAUUUUUACUCCUA